UGGGAAGGUACAGUUUGGGCUUUGGGGAUUUGCUGAUUGCUUAAGAUGAGUUACUUCCCAAUUUCCUCCCGCUGUCAGAGCCCAAGAGCACAACUCAAGAGCUCAUGUUGUUUUAACUUCUAAUUCUUGAAGAGCCAUUUGUCAGAAGGUUGGGUCGCAAAAGUGGUCCGACCCAAAAUCAAGCGAGUCAUUCACUCUACCGUUCGAUGAUAUAUCCGCCAAUUCAGGCAAAGAUGGUCUCGGUCUCUUUGGUCAGUUGGUUCAUUUUCUUUGGGAGGGCGGCGCGGGCGGCCUGCAUGUUCCACCGGCUUUUGCCUUGCUUGGUACACGUCAGCUCUUUUUGCAGAUGCCCGUUUCAGAUGCCGAGAGAUCGCCAGCCGGGGCGCCUUUUAGGAGCGCCCUGUUGCUGUUCGUCUCGGUGGUUGAAUUUGACUCCAGGGAGUUUGCUCACCGUAAUGGCGAUCCAGUUGCUAGCGCCGGUCUCCAUUUGCUACUCGCACGUGAAAAGGCUAGACUGGUCCAAUGUCCAUGUGGGCUUGGGUCACGAGUCCGGCACGGAAUUCUGGCUCGGCCGUUGUUUAGCUGCGUUGUUCCUCUUCGGCUUCGCCGGCUUCCUGCGCGUGCACCUCGGCGAGGAGCCGAGCAGAGAGAGUGCCGAAGGCGGCCUUCAUCGAAAUGCGGAGAUCCAUGCCGAUCGGAAGAUGCGUUUGCUGAUCAUGAAGGACGUGCGCCUGGGCGAACUCAUGGGCCGAGGUCACUGGUGGAUGACCGUCGGUCGCAUCAUGAACUUCAGCGUGAGCUUUUGGUGCCUCAUUGCCAUGUGGCUGGUUUUCCAUGUGUCCAGCGAGCCCAAAGAUGUGGUCUACGAUUCCAUGGGUUUGGCCUUCAUCAUCAAGCUGGACAAUGUGGCUGGUGACAUGGGCGUGAUCGGCCCGGCGCAGUGGCAUGAAGACUUGAUGGGGAUCUAUUGGGCCUUGGUCUUGGGCUCGGGAGCCGCGGAGAAGCACGCGACAGAGGAGAGGACUGAGAGCCACAAGGUGAGCGCGCAGAUACGCAAUCUACUUCUCCACAAAGCCGUGAAGAUUUACAAUGACACAAGGCACCACGAGAAAGGGGGAGACACGCCGCAUGGCGAGCGCAAGUUGGCCAAGCUCCCUGAUAGCAGCUGGGAUGAGAUGAGUUGGUAUAUGCCAAAUGUGGAGAGAGGAGAGGUCAGCUACGAUGAAGUUUUCCAUCAUCCUGCCGUCCGGGAGUAUGUGCAAAGUGAAGAUUUCGUGAACUACAUCUAUGCAAAGCUUGGAAAGGAGUAUGCAAUUGGAGAUCAAAUCGGGCUGGCUUUCAUCAGGGCCUUCCAAUUUUUUGGCCCUUUGACGUUUUUUCUGAUUCAAAUCCAUCGGAAGAGUUAA